AGACAGCUUCUAGUCCUCUUCUCGAUUACUUUGUGAUAUUCGAUACUAUCUAGGCACCACGAAGUCCCGAGCACACCGUGUGCAAGCAUGAGCUGCAUGUAUAGCAAACAAAGUAUAAACUCAAGGUGACUGGCUGUUUGCCUUGGCUUUCACCUUCACCUUCACCUCCGCACGCAUAUCGCUAUCCGGUUGCGCCUCUCCCGUGUUUACAUUGUUGUUAACCGUCCAGCCUCGCACUUUCUAGAACACCAACAGCAGCCGCCUCGCCCAAGUUACCAUUCAACUGCAAUAGUCGCGCCGUCUUCAUUUCGAUCUGAAUGCCGCCUUUCGGCCUCUACACGGUGGCACGACAUCACCAGUAUGGUGGGUCGGCACCACUGGCGCGUCCCGUGUUCAAUAGCAUGGACUUCCAAGAUACGUCUCCGGGGCCAGCAGCGACUGUCGACAGUGACGCGGUCCAGCCGGUGAAUGAGACCGAGCGUGGAGACGACAAGAUGCGUGAAAAGAAGGAGAAGAAGAAAAAGAAACACUCUCUCAAUGCGGAGGGCGAGAAGGUCACGAAGAAGUCGACGGUGCCUACAGCUCCCGCGAGUGCGACGCCUGCUCCAUCCAGCUCCAAGAGCACAAAAGACAAGGAUGGGAAGAAAGAGAGCAGCACAAAUGACGCGCACGCGUCUGAGAAGAAGCGCAAGAGAGAGAGCAAAGUACACGCAGACACGCCGACUACUGCACGUGGUGAACUGGUCAAUGCCGGCUCUGUUCUCGGUGGCGCUUUCUUGCAGGGCUUGAAGUCGUCCAUGGGUGAUCUCUCGGCCAGUUUUGGCCAUCCAGCUCAGCCGGUCCAGACUGAUGAAAAGCCAUCGAAGAAGAGGAAGUCGAGCAGCAAGGCCGAGCAGGGAAAAACCAUCGACAAGAUCAGCGAAGCAGCUCCAAAUGGCACGAAUAACGGCAUCCCCCCUGGCGAGAGUGUCAAGAAGAAGCUGGGCAGACCUCGUAAGAGUACGCUCACACAGGCUUCUGACAGCCCAGCUAAGGCUCCAGCACCGUCAGUCACGUCUCCCUAUGUAUCCGAGCCAAAGCACACGCCCAUUCCGCUUCCGCAGAAGUCGCCCUCUCGACUUGCUACUGUUGCCACUGAGACGAGGCAAAAGCAGGCAAAGCCCAGUCGUCAGGACUCCGAGAUUCUCGUCGCCGAGACGCCGCCAUCUCAGCUACCCAGGACGCCGUCUGGCUUUCUCAGCUCACCCGUUCCAUUCAGUCUCUCCAAACCCGCGACGAGUGGGCGUAGCAAGUCCAAGAAAGGUCCCACCGUCCACCUCUCUCCAUCAACAUCGGAAGAAGGUCUCUCGAAAGGCACAAAUGUCAGCAGUGGAAACCACGCCUCCCUCACCUCGUCGAACCUCCUCCGCUACACACAGCCGCUGAACGAUGAGCCCAAGCCCCGCCCUCGCGGCCGCGCUGCAUCCGUCGCUACCUCCACCACGUCGAGCGCAUCGUCCAUGAGCAUCGUCGAAGCCCCCCGCGUCACAAAGCCGUACUCGCGCUCCGGCGCCGAAAUCGACCCCUUCACCGAGCCUGAAGCCACGAAGAAGAAGAAAACGAAGCACCGCGAAACGCACGACGAAGCCACCACGCAGGAGUUCACCGCCAAGUUCAAAGCCAGCCAGCACACGGUCAACUUCACCGACGAGCACGACUACGCGACAACGUACCUCACCUGGCGCGCGCAAAGCGCCGCCUCCGCCCCGCUGCCCUGCCUCAACAAGGCAACAGGCUGCAACGCCAAGCGCGAGCAAAUGCUGCGUCUGAGCCGCGAAGACAGUGCAUCGUCGCACCUGCUCUCGCUCCUCGUCGCGACAGACACGCACGCGCGCGCCCUCGCCGACGCAUCCGCGCGCUGCGCAAAGGCAGACGACCUCCUCGCCCUCGCCCUCGCAGCGCGCGUGCCCGUCCCACUCGGCAGAAUCGAGGGCACAUGGCGCCUGUUCUGCCCGCAGUACAGCGCGACGCACGAGGACAAGUACGGCUUCGGGCAGCGCACGCUGGCCAUCUCGCCCAUCGCAGGCUCCCCAGACACAGCGACGACGUGCACGGCGCGCCUGCGCAUCCCCCCGCGCUCCAUGGCGUACGCGAUUCUGCCGUUCCGCGCGCCGCCCCACGCGAGUUUCCGGUCUACUACGCUCACCACGAGCGUCGAGGGGUACAAGGUCGACGUCGUGUUUCUCGGAAACGGGUAUCUCCGGCUCAGGAUGGAUCUGCACUUGUUGCUGCUGGGCAAGCCGAUGGAGGGCGGUCCCGGGGGGCAGGCUAGGUUCAUGGAGUUUGUUGGCGUGCAUGAUCGCGCGGUGCGGUGGGCGGAGGAGAAGGAUGAGUUGGAGGAGGAGGGACGCAGGCUGUUUGCUAAGUAUGAUGGGGGCGUUGUGGAGGACUGAGAAGGGAGCUGCUCUACCGCUUUGAAUGUUCAGUGAGUGAAGUGAUUGAAUGGUUGAAGGAGAUUGACUUGGACUUGGAUCUUGGAUCUUGGAUAUAUCCGAGCUCACACCUAUCUGUUGCAUUUCCGGUUCAGCUCAGUCCAGCUCAGCUCAGCUCAGACCGGUCGGUCGUUCGUUCGAGCAGCCGUUGACAAACAUACUUCCAUAACAAACAUUACAUACGCGCGCUAGUAGAGGGAGUCAAACGACACCGACUACUCCAUUCGCGCCCGACUCCCUCUAGCGGAUUAUAUGCAACCCACACGAUGCAAUUGCUUUAGUAAUUAAACUACUUAAAAUCAUGCCG